ACAGGGGCGGACUGACAACUCAUGGGGCCCCCGGGCAAUAGGGGACCAUGGGGCCCCUGUGUCCUUGCCCAAACUCAAAAAAGUCUAUCAAAAAGGUACCAGGGGCAUCUCAUGGGGCCCCCUACUGACCCCGGGCCCUCGGGCAGUGCCCGAGUUUCCAAAUGGUCAGUCCGCCCCUGGACAGGUACAACUUAUGAGCUGCAGGAAUACUGUCCAGGUCUUCCUCAAAAAGCUUUGCCAUGCAGCCAGGCACAUAGGCUCAUUCACACGUUUCUUAAAUGAUAAGUCUAGGGAUGUUAUUUUUGUUGUUUUUAUAUUUGGAGAA